AUGACCAGAGCUGCGUACUCCAAAUACAUCGACCGUAUCGGCAAGGAACCAGCACCCAUGAAAGCCGACUAUCACGAGCUCAUCAAGACGCAGCUGGUUUACGUACUCCACGACGACGAGAAUGAUACAGUAGCUGGCGCCAUUCUCCUUCGCCAUGAACCUUCAGCGAGUGCACUGCAUAUCAACAACCUUGUCGUUGCCCCAGAGGCUCAAGGCCGCGGAUACGGCCGAGUCUUGCUGAAAUGCGCCGAGGAUGUGGCUCGAGCUUCAGAGUGCACAUCUCUCCAACUCUUCACCAACGUCAAAAUGUAUGAAAACCUCAUUUUGUACCCCAAGAUGGGAUUCGUCGAGACAGAGCGGAGGACGGAGGAUGGGUACGAGAGGGUGUACUUUCUUAGGGAGCUGGAUGUUGCAUAG